AUCCCUGGACGUCGGCAGCCGCCUCUUUCCUGCCGCCAGCUAGACGCCACCGAUCGGGAGCCGCUGCUGCCCGGGGCUUCUUCGCUGGCAGGAUGCUAUCUCUGGAUCAGAUCAAUGCGGAUCAGCCCCUGAUCCUGAAGGAGCUGGACUGGGCUGAGCAGGAGCCCCUGCCAUUGCUCAGCCCCCCGUGUCCCUCCUGGCGCCAGGACGUGUCUCUGGACUGCAAGUGCUCUCCGGAGGACACCCAGGCACACGCCUGGACCACCUACUACUAUGACCUGCUGCAAUGUACCCUGCAGCAGGAGGGGCUGCCAGAGACAAUCGACCGCACCAAAGAGCCCAGAACAGGGUUCAGCUCGGGGGAUGUGACCAUCUGCAUCCUGGGAUCCCCGACCUCGUACCUGUCUGUGCUGCUGGAGGGCAGCUCCCAGUGCCCAGGUAAUAUGCUGCUGUGCCUGUCACCCAGCUGGCUGGCCAAGGUGCCCUCUGAGCAGCACCCUGGCGAGUCGUCCUUGCUGGUCUCCAAGGCUGUCUCCUUCGAGCUGGGUGGGCGCACGUGCCUGGAUGAGUUCUCGCCCCCGCGCCGCGUCACCUACUUCAUGGGCUCCUUCGGGCUAUGCAAGGAGCACGGGCAGUCAGCGGGGGAGUUGGCGCGCGACCUGGAUUGCCCCACGGGGGGUUCGGGGGAGCUGGCCCGCCUGCUGGAGGACAAGCUGCUGACGCGCCAGCUGCUGGACCAGCGGGCCCAGGUGGGGGUACCACUCACGCUGGCCUUCACCUUCAAGCGGCUGCGCCCACUACGGGACGUCACCACUGAGCGCUCCGUCCGCAUGGUGGAGCUCAGCGGCAAGGAGGGCCAGGAGAACCUCAUCCAGGAGGAGAUCGAGGCCUUCCUGCAGGGCAGUGCCAUGGAGCCCUACAGCCAGGUGGUGGUGAAGCCAUCAGGCUGGCGCUGGAGUGGGGCCCAUGCUGUGACCUUCCAUGCCAAGGUGGAGCAGGCUGCCGUGCUCCAAGCUGUGCUGGCACUGCUGGAGAGCCUGGAGGAGGAGGAGAGCGCCCUGCUGGAGGCCUUCAUCCCCACCGCCUGCCUCACCCAGCCUGAAUCCCCCAACAGCACCUCCCCAAGCAGCACAUCUCCGAGGCCUGACCUGGCGAUCCGGAUCUGCACUGUCGUCUGCAGAUCCUGGGGUGACCAGCCUCUGCUGAGCCAGAUUGUGUGCGGCGUGGGACGGGCUGAUAAGCCCCUGAAGCACCAGGCCAUGGUGCCCCAGAGCCUGGAGAGCGGCCUGCGGCAGCAGGGGGUGACAGAUGAGGCCCAGCUCGCGGCCAUCCAUGCCCAGGUCAAGCACAAGGCCGAGGCCGCCAUGACGGCCUUCCUGGAGAUGGAGGCGGGGCUGUCGGUGGAGCAGCGGGGCGGCCGACGGGCCCAGACUGAUGUGAUUGGCGUGGAUUUCCUCCUGACCUCGUCGGAACAGGUGCUGCAGCUGAUGGCUCUGGAGAUGAAUUCUCAGCUGUGCCUAGAGACUUGCGCGCUCUUCGAGUCCAUGGGUCAGGCGGUGGGGGUGCCGGCAGGCGAGUCCUCACGUCCUCUGGUGGAGACGAUGUUGCGGCGUACACAGUGUCACCUCAUGGAGGGCAAGCACGUGUUGGUGAUCGGGGCCGGAGGAGUCAGCAAAAAGUUCGUCUGGGAGGCGGCCAGGGCCUAUGGGCUAAAAAUUCACCUGGUGGAGUCGGACCCCAACCACUUUGCCUCGCAGCUGGUGCAGACCUUCAUCCACUAUGACACCACGGAGCACAAGCGGGAUGAGGAGCACGCCCAGCGGCUGGUGGGGCUGGUUCGGGAGCGGGGCCUGCACCUGGAUGGCUGCCUCUCCUACUGGGACGACUGCAUGGUGCUGACGGCCCUGGUGUGUGAGCAGCUGGGCCUGCGCUGCAGCCCGGUGGCCGCCAUGCGGGUGGCCAAGCAGAAGAGCCGCACCCACCAACACCUGCUGCGCCGGCGCAAGGAAGCCCCGCUUGGCUGGGCCUCAGAGGCGCUCUAUGCCGUUCCCUGCUGCCACCUGGAGAGCCACGCUGACGUGGAGCGGGCUGCUCGUCAUCUCUCCUUCCCCGGCGUCAUGAAGCUAGAGUACGGGGCAGGCGCCGUGGGGGUCAAGCUGGUGGAGGACGUGCAGCAGUGCCACCUGCACUUCGAGAAGAUCUCACGGGACUUGCGGGCGGAUACGGAUCACCCAGGCAUCGGGCUGGGCUGGGGCAACGCCAUGCUGCUGAUGGAGUAUGUCUCCGGCACUGAGCACGACGUGGACAUUGUGAUCUAUGAUGGGCGCAUGCUGGCUGCCUUCGUCUCCGACAACGGGCCCACCCGCGUGCCCCACUUCACCGAGACGGCAGCCAGCAUGCCCACCUGCCUGGCGCCCGACCGCGAGGCCCAGCUCGUGCGCGCCGCCUACCAGUGCUGCUUGGGCUGCGGCCUGACCAACGGCGUCUUCAACGUGGAGCUCAAGUUGACGGCAUCUGGGCCCAAGCUCAUAGAGAUCAACCCCCGCAUGGGCGGCUUCUACCUGCGCGACUGGAUCCAGGAGAUCUACGGGGUGGACAUCAUGCUCGCCUCGGUCAUGGUGGCCUGCGGGGUGCCCCCGCUGCUGCCCGCCCAUGCCGAGCCCCGCACCCACCUGGUGGGUGUCAUGUGCGUGGUGUCACAGCACCUGAAGGCCCUCAAGUCCACAGCCAGUGUGGAGACGUUGCAGGCCCUGCAUGAGCGUGGCAUCAUCCGCCUCAACCUGCUGGAGGAAGAGCUCGUUGCCCGUGAAUAUGAAGAGCCCUACUGCAACGUGGCCUGUGCCAGCCCCAGCCGCCGCGAGGCCUGCCUCAAGGUGCUGGGUGUCUGCCAGGUGCUGGGCAUCGACUCACCCCACUAUCCUGUCACCCACUUCCUCUCUCACUUCAAAUAGCACCCAGGGAGCCCCCGGGGAGGGGGCCACCCUGCUGCCUCUGUCCUGUCCCCCCCCAUUCCCCCUAGGGCCUGCUGAGCUCAGAUCUGGUUCUGGAGGAGCCCCCAGCCUCCCCCUCCCCGGUGUGUCCCCACCAGCCGGGGCACUGGUGCUUGCAUUACAUGGCUCCUCUGUAUCCUAGUGUUGUUUUUUUCCCCCACAGCUGCCCCUUUCCCCCCAGGAGGGAGCUGGGGGCCCCUGGUGUCGUCUCUGGUAGGAGCCACGCCUGUCUAUGUGUGUGUGACAUGGGAUUGCAUCAGUAUGGCAUCUGUUCUGCUCCCUCUGGGGCUCCUCCAGCUCCCCCCCACCCCCCCAGCUGCCCUGUCCUGAUCCUCAGCUGAUCUGUCCCAUCCCUGGAGAGAUCCCCCACCCUCUCUGCAGACUCCUCCCUGACCCCUCCUUCCCCAGUGAGAUCCUCCAGUUGACUCCCGCAACCAAGCCCACCAGCUCCGGGAAGGGCUGUAGGUCACAGACCCCAAUCUCCUGGGCACGAGCUCAGCUCUGGUGCCUGUUCAGCCAUGGUGGGAAGGGAAGGAUUGAGGAUCUGGAGCCUCCAGGAGUGCAGACUUAAGGCUACAAGUGGCCCUCCAAUAACUAACCACUGUAUGCAUGUUCCCUGCUCCCCCCUCAUGCUCCUCAGUCACCCUACCUUAGCAAAUCACUGUAUGCUACCUCCCCACCAUGCUUGUCAGCAACCCUACGAUAACAAACCACUGUAAACAACUCGCCCCACCCACCCCCCGUGCUUGCCAGCAACCC